ACUGUGAACACUCUCCAAGGCAUCAGCAGAGAGCAAAAUAGCACAUCGACAUCUUCUUCUUCCUUCGAUAAUGGAUGCUCCCGAAGAUUCCUCUAACUAUUUCACCGAUUUUACCUUAGCCCAGAUUGUAGACAUGGAGAAUCUCUAUAAGGAGCUCGGUGAUCAAUCUCUCCACAAGGACUUUUGUCAAACUGUUGCCUCCACUUUUAGCUCCUCUGUGAAUCGGAAUGGAAAGUCAUCAACAAUAACCUGGAAACAAGUACAGAGUUGGUUUCAAGGGAAGCAGAAACAGCAAAAUCAAGCCAAAUUCAAGAAGACUGUGCCAUCUCCCCCUUUGCAGAUUUUUGACUUAUCAAAUCUCAGUGAUGCCGGAAAUGCCGGAAAUGUUGUCGGAAACGCUACAUGUGGUCAAAGACCAAAAGGUAAGGCCUCUGAUGUAUCUGAUCUCGCUUUUGAGGCUAAAUCAGCAAGGGAUUACGCGUGGUAUGACGUGUCUUCGUUCCUAACUUAUAGAGUUCUUCGCACGGGUGAACUGGAAGUGCGUGUACGAUUUUCUGGGUUCGACAACGGACACGAUGAGUGGGUAAACGUCAGAACGUCAGUGCGUGAGCGGUCUAUUCCUGUAGUACCAUCAGAGUGUGGGAGAGUGAAUGUUGGAGACCUGCUGCUAUGUUUUCAGGAAAGGGAGGAUCAAGCACUAUACUGUGAUGCUCAUGUUGUGAAUAUCAAGAGAGAGAUUCAUGACAACACGAGGUGUAACUGCGUGUUUCUUGUUCGCUAUGAUUAUGACAAUACAGAGGAACCGCUGGGAUUAGACAGAAUUUGCCGUCGCCCUGAUGAGUGAAUCUGUUUGGUUCUUAAGUAAUCUUUAGAACCAGACCGACUGAUAAUAUAGAACUGAUCCAAGGGUAAUGCCAUUGUAUGUUAGUUUUUUCUGUCAAUCAUGCGGAAUAAAGUGUAAAAAGGGUUUAGGAUUGAAAAGGGAACGAUGAUACUAUGUAAUAAAAACCCUAAUGCUUAAGCAAUUAAUGCCCUUUAUGACAUGAAA